AUGGUCAAUGAACAGCCUGUUAUCAGUACCACUUUUAAACCAAAGGAUAAUCCACAGGCUCCAGCUGUCCAUUUGGGUUUUGGUGUAGACUUCAAAAUGUCUUUCAUGUUAUAUUACAAUACCAAUGGAACAAAAAUAGACAAAUGUGAUCAAUACAUUACCCAAACUAAAAAGACUGAUGAUGUCAAUUUUCCUUUCAUUGGCUCAUUCUCACCAAAUGGUAACUUAAAUUUGUCCAAAUGUGAUGAUGAUGAAAAAGGGCUACCAAGAUUUAUUUUUAUUUACAUGAGUAUCAUAGAUCUGACUACUAUUGUCCUGAACAAGACCUCCCAGAAAACUACAGUUAGAAUGACUGCAUAUGAUUCAAAAAAUGAACAGGACAAUGCUCAAAGUAGAGAAUCUUCUGAUACAUUCAUUGGGGUCAAUUCAAUGAAACCCUGGGGUAUUAUACGUAAUGGAUGUUGUGGCAUCAGAAGAUUCAAAGAGCACACUGAAAUAAAACUCUCGAAAUUUGUGAAUUUGCCUAGCACAAAUGCUGAUUCAGUAAGAAUCUCACAAGCAGUCAGAGAUUUGGAAGGAUUUAGGCAUUUUCUUGAGAGUAAUGUAAUUGACACUUCCAUGUUAGAAGCCCUUAGAAGUCAGCAACAACAAAUUCGAGAGCAACAACUGCAACAGGUAGAGAUUUAA